AUGUCUUCAAUUGCUACAAUAAUUAAAGAUGAGUCAUUGGCAUCUACAUUACGUAUUGGAUUUUUUAGUCUUGCUGCUUGUUCUGUGGUUGGUUUAGCAGCUUAUAUAGGCUACAGAGCAGCCGGACCUAAUCAGACCUAUGCCCUUCAUAGUCGUCACCCGGAAUCAAAUGAUCAGAUUGAAAAAGUGCUUGAAUCAUUACGUCUUGAUGAUGAGAAACUUCGUCAAAUAAUGCAAUUACUUGAACAAGAAAUGGAUGCAGGGCUUUCCCCAGCAACCCAUAAAAAUGCGGAUGUUAAAAUGUUUCCUACUUAUGUUCGAAAUAUUGCCGACGGUACAGAAACUGGACAAGUUCUUGCAUUAGAUUUAGGUGGAACUAAUUUUCGUGUUUUACUUGUCACUUUAUUGCCACAAUCACGAGUUGAGUUAACAUCAAAAAUCUUCGUCAUACCACAAUCAAUUAUGCUUGGUGCUGGUGUCAAUCUUUUUCGUCAUCUUGCUGAUUGUCUUUUGGAUUUUAUGAAAAAAGAAAAUCUUGUUAAACCAGGUGUUCGUUACCCAUUAGGAUUUACAUUUUCUUUUCCUUGUAAGCAAGAAGGUCUUGCAUCAGCACGAUUAACAUCUUGGACAAAAGGUUUUACAUGUUCCGGUGUUGUCAAUGAAGAUGUUGUUAACAUGUUACAAACAGCUAUUGAUGAAAAAGGUCUUAAUGUACAAUGUGUUGCUUUGGUUAAUGACACUGUUGGGACAUUAAUGGCAUGUGCAUAUAAAGAUCCCAAUACAGCAAUCGGUCUUAUUUUAGGGACCGGUACAAAUGCGUGUUAUAUGGAAAAAUUAGAUCGUGUCGGUACGUGGGAUGGAGACUAUAAUGAACCAAAACAAGUCAUUAUUAAUAUGGAAUGGGGAGCAUUUGGAAAUAAUAAUCGUUUGAAUCAUAUUCGAACGAAAUAUGACGAAGAAGUUGAUUUAUCAUCAGUCAAUCCUAGCAAACAAAUAUUUGAAAAAAUGAUUAGUGGAAUGUAUAUGGGUGAAAUUGUUCGUUUAAUUAUACUUGAUUUAAUGCAACAAGAUUUAUUAUUUAUUGGUCAACGUGAUGGUUAUGGUGAUUAUCGUACACCAUUAUUUACACGUGGUGGUUUUUAUACGAAAUUUGUUAGUACUGUCGAAACUGAUGAAGGAAUUGCAUUUGCCAACACAAGACGUGUUCUUGAAGAUAUGGGUAUUAGAAAUCCAACAUUCGAUGAUUGUGCUAUUAUACAACAUAUUUGCAAAAAUGUAUCCAAACGAGCAGCUAAACUAGCUGGUGCAUGUCUCGCCGUAAUAAUCAAUCGAAUCAACAAACCAAACGUAACGGUUGGUGUUGACGGUUCACUCUAUCGAUAUCAUCCAAGAUUUAAACGAAAUAUGGAAAAAUGUAUGAAAAAUCUCGUCAAUAAAAAUAUCAAAUUUAAAUUAACAUUAUCCGAUGAUGGUAGCGGUAAAGGAGCAGCUCUAAUUGCAAUUGUUGCUGAUCGUUUUCAACAAAGUCAAUUGAAAUCAAUACCAAGUUUUGAUGACAACGAUGAUGAAGAAGUUCGUACUCCAAUUCAAUCAUCUCUCUCUAACCCAAUAUCAUUUAAUAUCCAAUCUCCCACUAAUACAUUGAUCAGAACGCUACCUUAA